AUGGCGCAACCACCGGGCUAUCAUCAUACUAACCCCUUCACAAAUGACGACCAAAGUAUUCCCCCACCAAGCUAUGAUGCCGCAACGUCAUCAGCGCCUAGGGGACCACCUGCACCCACCACCAUCCCACCGCAGUCUUUCCAGCAUUCAGCCUCAGCGCCGAGUGACCCUCCACCCUACCACAACUGGCAAGAGGCCGUCCCUGAUACAUCAGUCUUUCCACCACCCCCAAUCUCCGGCUACUACAGCUCCGGCACCGGGAAUGCCUCCAGCGACGAUGCGCAGCGCGCCCAUGACUUUUGCGACCACACUCCGCUGUGGCUGCCCGUCGUGCCGUCGAACCCCGUCUACCAGGCGGUUGCCCAGCAUGAUCUGCGACCCGUCCAGCAGCGGGAAUACGCUGGCCAACUCACGCACACGGCCCCAGGCUACUGGUUUGGUCGGACGGCCGAUCGCAAUGGUGACUGCUGCGUCCUGACCCAUCUACCCUUGUACUUUGCCGCUCAGGAUUCUCCCUUCCUCACCGAGAAAGCAAAGACGAUCUACUUUGAGAUCAAGUUGUUCGCCCUUCGCGCCGGUCCCGGCGGUGACGCCAGCGGCUUGUCGCUGGGCUUUGCUGCGCAGCCCUAUCCCUCGUGGCGCUCGCCGGGCUGGGAGCGUGGUAGUCUGGGUGUCUUUUCCGAUGACGGCUGUCGCUUUGUGAAUGACUCCUGGGGCGGACGAGACUUUACGGCCCCAUUUCGUGUCGGCGAGACCCUGGGCAUCGGCAUGACCCUCUCACUACCCAAGGAUCCACUCGCGAUGGCGGAUGCAAUGUUUGGCACGAAGCGAAAGUGCGUGGUGGAAGUGUUCUUUACCCGAGACGGUCGCCCAGCUGGCGGAUGGAACUUGCACGAGGAGGUGGACGCUGAUGCCGGCGGGGUGGAGGGGUUAGAAGGAGAUUUCGACCUCUAUGGAGCCAUAGGACUUUUUGGAGGAGUCGAUUUUCAGGCAUGCUUUGAUCCUGCUGGAUGGCGAUGGAGACCGACCGAGUGA